AACUCAUCAUUCUUGAGCAAUACUUGCGUAUGCUGUCUCCUGAGUUACAGGUCUGGGUCAAGGAGCACAAUCCAGAAUCAGGCGCUGAGGCAGCAGAGCUGGCGGAUGUCUUCGUGGCCGCAAGGAGUAAGAACCAGCCAUGGGGGUACAACGCCUGGAGGACCUCCAGAGAGCCAUUAAAGUCUCAAACCCGGCGGUAUCCCCAGGGGUCUCGUAAGCCUUCCUCGCAGGAAGCAUCUGCCUCCACAAUAAACCAGGUUAGCAGAGUACCUGUCUGUUUUCAGUGUGGGGAGAAGGGCCAUACAAAGCCGAUGUGUCCUAGAAGAGCACCAAAGGUUAAUCAAGUGUGCCAUGUGCCUAGACCCCAGAACGGGUCCAUUCAGAUGGUUCAACAGAUGCCUCAUAUGAUUGCUGUGCAGGUGAACAACAAGGAUUUUCAAGCACUUAUUGAUUCCGGAAGUGACCAGACCUUGGUGCACCAGCAAUGCAUUCCAUAUGAUGUCAUUCAAUUUACGAAUCAUAUUCCAGUGCGUUGUGUGCAUGGAGACGAGAAACUAAUCCCGACUGCUAAUAUAUAUCUCCAAGUGCAGGAACAGACCUACCACCUGACUGUGGGAGUUGCAGACAACCUCCCUUUCCCCGUGGUACUGGGCCGAGAUCUGCCAGUACUGCCGGACCUGCUGCAGCAGAGGCAGACGUGCCAUGUUGCGAUGACCAGGUCCCAAUCUAAGAAGGGUGAGGAGUCUCCUACGUGGGUGAAUGCAUUGCCUUUUUAUGAGGCGGACUUAGAGAAUCUACCCGGGAAGUCUCGGAAGCCACGCAGUCAGAAAAGGCAAGAGAGGUUCCAGCACACAGUCAACCAGCAGUCUUCGGAAUCUCCUCCUGAAAUAAGAGCUAAAGGCAAAAUCGUAUGA